UGCAGAAUGCAGCGCCGACCCGUCUCUCUCUGGGCACCGAGGGAUGGGACGUGAGGUGAACGUGCUCAAUAUCCUCUUAACCGAACAGGUCACUUAAAAAUAUGGAAAUAAAAGCCGUUUGUAUACUGAAAGAUGAGCACGAUAUCUAUACUUAUCCCCAUGACUUAGAAAACAUCAUCAGCGGUGUUGUUGGAAGCGUUGUUUUUGAAUCGCAGGGAAAUGGAAAAGUAUUAAUAAAAGGAAUUAUUACUGGUUUGACACGUGGAAAACAUGGGUUACAUGUUUGUGCCUUUGGAAAUCUUUUUAAUGGUUAUCGCAGCAUAGGACCACAUUUCAAUCCACGAAAGACGACACAUGGUGGGCAACAAGAUGAAGUAAGGCACGUGGGAGAUCUUGGUAAUAUUGAAGCUAAUGAAGAAGGUGUGGCUGAGUUUCAAGUAGAAGAUCAUCUUCUUAGUCUUUCAGGAACUGAGUCUAUAAUUGGCCGGGCUCUGGUGAUUCGGGCGGAAGAAGAUGAUCUGGGUAAAGGAGUAAAUGAAGAGAGCCUUGCAACAGGGAAUGCUACAACAGGUUUAGCCUGGGGCGUCAUUGGAAUAGGUGAAGUUGUUGCCAAUUAAAUAAUUUAAUACUGCAGCACAAAAUUUUAAGCAGGAAUCUGAAUUAACAGUAAGGCAAUGUCAGUAAACAUUUUGAAUUUGCAUUUAUUAUUCAUUAAUCUAGGUUGAUGCAUGGAAAAUUGUUCAUGUUACUGAUUUGUUUCAGUUUGUUUUUAAAUUAUAUGUUGCUGUUUGGCUGUCUCAAUGAAAGAAAUGUAACUUUGUUUGUUGUACGAAACAUAAUUUAAAUUGAUUUUGUUUUAGUUUA